AGACCAUUUCUCUUAUCUUUCUUUUGUCUUCUUGGAGUUUCGGGAUCUUACACCACACCAAACAACCAAACAACAACAACCAUAUCUUUGUCUUAUUUGUAUCAUUUGUCCCCUUUUCUAUACAUUUUCAGCAAUUAACAAGGAAAGUAAAGUUUGAAUCUGAGUAAUAAUGGGAGACAAUGAAGGGAAAAGAACAUUAAUGAAUCUUAAGGUUCAAGUGUCGAUGAGAGUGUUAACCGUCGGCGCUGCACUAGCCUCCAUGGGGCUCAUGAUCACUAACCGUGAAGUGGCCUCUGUUUAUGGCAUUGCUUUUGAAGCUAAAUACAGCGACUCCUCUGCCUUUAGGUAUUUGGUCUACGCAUAUAUAGCUAUCGCCGCCGUAACGUUGUUUACGCUCGCAUGGGCUUGUUUGGCUGUCCGUAGAGGAGGAUUUAUUUUUGCACUCUUCGUCAUUGAUUUGCUUAUGGCUUUGACGGCGUUAUCGGCUUUCUCUGCGUCCAUGUCGGAGGGUUACAUCGGAAAGUAUGGUAAUACACACGCCGGUUGGCUUCCGAUCUGCGGCUAUGUUCAUAACUAUUGCAAUCGUGUUACACUCUCACUCGCUUUUUCCUUCGUCUCUUUUCUACUCUUGUUCAUCCUUACAGUCUUAACUGCCUCCGCUGCUCGCCGUUCCUGAAUAUUCUCUUUACAUUUUUUUACUAUACAAUUGCUUAUUCGUACUGCUUAAGAUCUUUUAAUCUUUCUUGUAUACUUAGAUUUUACCAGAAGAGAAGCAUAAAAAAGAAAUUAUAUUGAUUUCGUUUAUUUAUC